GGCAUGCAGAUCUUCGUGAAGACCCUGACCGGCAAGACCAUCACCCUGGAGGUGGAGCCCAGUGACACCAUCGAGAACGUGAAGGCUAAGAUCCAGGAUAAGGAGGGCAUCCCCCCUGACCAGCAGCGACUCAUCUUUGCUGGGAAGCAGCUGGAAGAUGGCCGCACUCUUUCUGACUACAACAUCCAGAAAGAGUCCACCCUGCACCUGGUCCUCCGUCUGAGGGGUGGCUAUUAAUUCUUCAGUCUGCAUUCCCAGUGGGCAAUGAUGGCAUUACUCUGCACUAUAGCCAUUUGCCCCAAUUUAAGUUUAGAAAUUACAAGUUUCAGUAAUAGCUGAACCUCUGUUAAAAAUGUUAAUAAAGGUUUUGUUGCAUGGUAA